UGUGUGUGGGUUUCAGUCAUUUCAAUUAAAAGGGACUUCCUGAUAAUUGCAUAUGUAAAGAGGUUUCAGGAAUGCAGCUCCAACCUCCAACCCCUUCAGGAGAAAACGGUCUUUGAUCUUCUGGGGCCAUUUGGUUGUAGGUCUGACUUGGAUCAUAAAUCAAUCAUCUCAAUCCCUGGGAACCGCCACAGGCAUCUGCUCCCGUGUGGGGAACAAAGGUGUAUUGUCUACUGUAUGUUAAGAAGAUCCGGCCACACGUGGGGGCCACCUAGGGAGCCAUUUGGUUGCGGGACCAUGUCAGUCUGGGAGGUGACUUCAGACGCGGGAAAACGGAUGCUGACUCCUAACAUGGACUGACAGAAGUGGGCAGGCUCCCUGCCAGCCAAUCUCUAGCGACCAGAGGCGGAGAUUCGGCGGCCAUCUUGCUCCCGGGGGAGGAUGUUCUGCCCACAUGCUUAAAAGUCUGAACUCAAGGAAUUUUCCUGUGUCUCCAGACAAGCUGCAUGUGAAUUCGGAAUGUAACCUCUUGCGUAUUGCAGGCCUUGAUUUUGGACACCCAGAUCGAUCUGUUUUAUUCUGUUUUAUUCUGUUUUUACUAUGUUUUUAGAAAUAUUGUUAGGGAAUAAAUUUGUUAAUCUUUAAUCCGGACGAAUCCCGUGGUUUUCUUCUUCUCGACUUUAUUGGACAUGCAACAAAGGAAAGUAAUCUCAAAGCGACAGAUUAUAUUUUCCAACAACAGCUAAUAAUGAAAACAGUUCAUUGUUGAAAUCAGGUUAGUGAAAUCCAUAGAACUGGGUAAGGGGGUUCAUUAUAAAAUUAAAGCACGAUGUAUCAGAUUUUAAAUGUUUGAUUUUCUGAACCCCUGUUAAAUGAAAAGCCAAAGCAGCCGAAGCAAAAAUACGUUUCCACUCGAGGGCGCCACCACUAUCCCGUCCGUCAUCGUGCAUUUAAAUUAACCGCAGAAGAAGUCUCCUAAUCUGACCGGGAAAUUGCUCCAGCCCCGCUGUCCUGAAUGAGGAGGGGACCUUGGACCAGCGGAGGAGGCUGAAUCUGUCCGGACGUUUUCCGCCUCUCAGCUCAGAGGCAUCGAUGGCGCGUUAGCUCGUCGCCCGCACCGAGCAUCGCUAGGACGGCGGGAGAGUUCAGAAGCGGCCGUUACUUUGCUAGCUAGCAGCGGACAUGACUCAACAAGCUGCCGCCCUGCAGACCUACAACAACGAGCUGGUCAAAUGCAUCGAGGACCUGUACUCCAAACGGGAGGAGCUGAACCGUCAGAUCAAGCUGGAGGAAGAGGAGAAAGAGCGGCUGCAGCACGACAUCCAGAUCCUGUCGGAGAAGCUGAGCCGAGUGGAGAAGAGUCUGGCUCAAAGGCUGGCCGCUCGGGCCACGUUCGACCGCACCAUCGCAGAGACGGAGACGGCGUACACCAAGAUCUUGGAGAGUUCCCAGUCUCUGCUGAGCGUCCUGAAGCAGGAAGCGGGGAACCUCAGCAGAGCCACAGAGCCGCGCAGGAAGGAGCAUUAAGGCCCGAAGGAUGUGCCGGCGCUCGCCUUCAGCCGCCGUGUCAAAUAUGUCACUGAUUUCUUAGAGGUUAUUUAAAUAAACGUGUUUGUUCAGUAAAAA